AGUAAAACAAGAACAAUCAUCAGGAUAGCAAGAACACUAAAGCAGAAGAGACAACAAGUAGUAAUAGAAGACUAAGAACACGAAAUAUGCGAAUACUAAAAUAAGAAAUACAAGAAAAUGCCGGAGAUUUUGUGAUAAUAGAAAUAAAAUCUUUUCUUGCUUGGAACCAAUGUACUUACAUUUAGAUAUUACUUUUAGCUUGCAAUUGAAUAAGUUCAUUUAGUGUUUGUGUUAUUGCCGUAUACAAACUUUUACCUCUUUGCAAAUUACAGCAUGUGAUGCUCUAAAUAUUGUUUUUUGAGCCAAGAAGCAGCUCAUGUUCGAUAUGUCUUCUUCUUGGCAUUAAUUUAAAUUUUAUCUAAAGGUAAAUUAUGUAUUUUGGAAUUAUAUUUGCAAUGUGAAACUAACUUAUGUGUCCUUUAAUGCUGGAAGUGAAGAUCUUAAUAUAAAUUUAGAUCUUUGACAUGAUGUAUGAUUGGUCAGAUGCUUACAUCUUCGGGGCAAAAGGUUGUAGAUGCUAAAUAUGUAGAUGAAUCACAGUUUUCUCCUCUGAUUCUGCAACUUUCUCUUGGUACUCUGCUUAACUUUGUCUAUUAAUCUUUCUAGAUUGAUUCUGUGAUAAAUUCUCAUAUUUCAUGUUUUUAUGGUUCAAUUUUUGUGCCUUUCAUCAAUAUGUCUGUUGUCUAUUUACUAUAUGGUGGUCCAUAAGUUAUGCAAUGUGAAUCUGUGGGGUUUAGAUGGAUACUAUGUUCUCUUUAGGAGACAAUUUGAGUAGAAUUACUUCCUGGAGUGACAGUGUUGGUACUUGUAUGGGUCGUUAGACGUUACAUAUAUACUGCAAGAUUUUCUGUUUCUAGAUUUGGUUGUUUAUUCUCUGGUAUGCUAAUAGAAACUUGAUAUACUUGCCACUAAUGUAGUGAUGAAGAAGGUUCUUAAAAUGAUUAUGUGUUUUAGGCUUCAGUAUUUCCAUAUGUCUCUCUCAGACUACGUUAUCUAUUUAAUUUUCAUUUCAGCUACUGAUCACAGAAGCUUCAACAGCAGUGUGGCGGAACAAGAGGUUUGCCCCUAGUUCCUUCGAGUUGUGUUAAAUAGUGAAAAUAAUUUGGAGCCGAAUGAAUUGUAAACUUAACACUGAUGUUUUACUUACCAGUAGUUAUUGUGAUAGUUCUUCGGUUAUAUGUUCCUUGAAAUGGCGCUUGGAUAGGAUAUUUGAAGUCUGAUUGCUGAUCUGUAACUUUAAUGGCUUGUUUGAGGGUUUUCCUUUAUGUAUUUAUUUGCUACAGUUUUUGCGGUUUUAUAUUUUAGCUAUAAAUGGAACUAUUUAAAGAAGUAUUCAAGUAUGAGUUUUCGGGACGCCAUUUGGAACAUAUUCUCUGAGAAAGUACAUUCUAGUUCUGAUGGUGGUUCUUUUCCUGCAAGUUUUGUUUUGCUCUCUUGGUCAAUUAGCAACUGUUAUCUGUCGAAGAUUCAUUUAUUACCAACUAGUUGGGCUUCUCUUACUCGAAGGAGAAAAAGGUUGGUGCUACGAUGUGAAGUCCAGUGAUUGUUCUGCUCAUAUUUAGACUGAAACUUAAUCCCUGUAAUCCGAUAAACCAAGUUGUGAUGCAUGAUAAAGGUGAUGCUUGUAGUUUAAAUUAGGCAUGACAGCAUUAUGACAAUGAAGUAGCAUGCUUUGCGAGCUGAAUGGUAUUGUGAUAUUUACUGUCUCUGUCUGUUUACAGGGGCGGAGCCAAGUGGUGGCCAGGGUGUUCACCCAAACCCCCUUGGGCGAAAAAUUACCAUGAAUACACAAGGCAGUUUUGGAACUGUUGCAAGGGUCAAGCCCAAGAAGAAUGAGACGAAGGAGGAAAAGUAAGGUUAAUCUAAUAUUUGGUACAUGCUAUGCUACUUUCCAUGGUCUCCAUGUUAUUGGAAAUGAAAAGACUGAAUAGUGUUGGAAUCACUGGUUUAUAAUAAGUCAUUCCAGUUGCAUGAUGUUCUCCAUUUGGAGAAUGACAAUUGAGCUGAAGAUACACCUGCCUUGAUAGAUCGAAAGGUACCUACUGCAUCUAGAAAGUAUUGGGGUCUACUAGUAGGCGGCACCGGAGAUUGGUAGUAGUAAGAGAUGAUUAUGGAUUCCUGAACACGAUUUACUAACUGGUAGCUUCCUGCCUGCUCCUCCAUCAGGAUAAUGUGUUUAUCAUGUCUAAUUGCAAGUCGAAGUUCCAAGUGCUGCAGCUAGACUUGAGGUUAGCUAUAACUCUGUCCUGCGUCCUGUUCAUUUUGAACUAAAGGAAAAAAGGAAGACUAUUAUGUUAAGAGGAGCCAUAUUGUUAGCUAAUCUGAGUUUAUUGUAAAUCAAUGAUUAGAUUAAUAUCGGAUCUCGAUGUUGUCAUUGUUCCUGCAACUUGCGCUGGCAUUGCCUUUACUUGUGCUGGACAACAGGUGUAAUAAGUCAUCCUUUGCAUGUUUCUAAUGCUAAUUGGACAGCCUCAUUCAUUUUCUUCUGCAGUUGUGCUAUUUUAGCUGCUGAUGAUAUUUACUAGGCUGUUUUUACUCAUUUUAAUCAGAUGCUGAUGGUAAGUCCUCUACUGUUAAUAUCUUUCAGAUUUUCACAGGAUAUUUGCUAGCAGGAUCUGUAAGUAGACCUGGGGUUUUUAACUUUGUCAGCGAAAUGGUGCAGGAUGACAACAUUUCUGUUGGCUUUGGUAGCAUGUCUAGGACAAGCAGUAUUGUGUACAACUGUUCUCAGCGCCGCAGAUGAUCUAUACGUCAAUAUCACUAUACUCCAAAGUGCAACUGCUGAAGGCGCAGUAUGCUUAGAUGGAAGUCCACCAGCCUAUCAUCUGGAUAGGGGACAUGGUAGUGGAGUUCGCAGCUGGAUUAUCUACUUGGAUGGAGGUGGUUGGUGCGACAGUAUCCUAGAUUGCCUUAAUCGUUCAACUAAAUUCUUAGGUUCUACCAAGCACCUGAAUCGACUAGGUUUCUUUGACGGGAUCCUUUAUAAUAGUUCUGAAGUUAAUCCAGAGUUUUACAAUUGGAACAGGGUGAGGGUGAAGUAUUGUGAUGGUUCAUCUUUCACUGGUGAUGUUGAACAAGUUGACCCUGAGUACAAGUUGUUUUUCAGAGGGGCAAGAAUAUUUAAGGCUAUUAUGAAAGAUCUAUGGAUCAAAGGAAUGAAAUAUGCUGAAAAUGCAAUUCUAUGCGGAACUUCAGCAGGAGGGUUGGCAACAAUCUUGAACUGCGACAAGUUCAAAUCCCUCUUGCCGAAUGAUGCCAGAGUUAAGUGUGUUGCAGAUGCAGGCUUCUUCAUCAAUGGGAAGACAAUCUUUGGUAAUUCAGAUAUUCAAGAGAUGUAUCAACGAAUUGUUAACCUACAUGGAUCGGCUAAGAAUUUGCCAUCAGCUUGCACGUCUGCAAUGGAGCCAAGUCUGUGCUUUUUCCCUCAAAAUGUCGUUCCAUAUGUUCAGACUCCACUUUUCAUAAUCAAUUCUGUCUAUGACACCUGGCAGAUUAAAAACAUUCUUGUUCCUGAAAACCUUGAUCCUCAACAUGCCUGGAAGGAUUGCAAGAAACACAUAAAUAACUGCACAUUUAGCCAGCGUAUAAUUAUACAAGCCUUUGGAGUGGAGUUCUUGAAGACAUUUGAGGGACUAUGCCCUUCUUUUACGAGGGGUUAUUUCCUCACGUCUUGCUACUCUCAUGGGGGAAUUCGUUCACCGGCAUACUGGUUCAGUGCUAGCUCUCCAAGGUUGCUUAAUAAGACAAUCAAUGAAGCUGUUGCGGACUGGUACUUUGAGAGAGCGGGGUUUCAAUAUAUAGACUUGUACCCUUGUGCUAGAGAUUGUUAGGGGUAUAAGUUAAUGAAAUUUUGUAUCUAACGAAUAGGCUUGCAGAUGUUGUACCUGCUGCUAAUUUGGUGGUACGUAGCUGCGGAGGAGUAGCUAUAAGUUGGAGCAAAGAAAGUUUUUAUGUUUUACACUUUUUAAGUCCUAUUAGAUUUUUAGUAGAUAAAUUUCUGGUUGUUCAGUUUAGCCCGACUUAAGUUUUAAUGUAUUUCAAUUUGGUACAGUAGAGUAAGUUAAAAGAUUGUGAAAUUCAAUGUUGCGGUCGUAGCUGUAACUAGAAGGAUGAGCGUACUAAUUUCUUUUAUUGUCAAUGAAAAAUCUUUAUCCUUCUCUCUCUCA